CUUGCAUCCUUACUCGCCCAACUACACUCACACUCAAGCUGUGCCAGCUUCUCUGCUCGCUACCAAACGCUGCCACAAACAUCGCGCAACACCACACUCACCGUAGCAAGCCAAGCUGACGACGUAUUACGACACCGCGCAGCAGGCGCCAGCUGGUCCCCAGACCGUACCCUCUCUUGCCGCAAAGAUGAACGGGAUAAAGCAGGAUCCGGACGCGGGGACGCCGAUUCAGUACAUGGAUGAUGAGUUCUUCGAGGACACCGGGGAGAUGACGAUGCCACAGCCAGACACCAAGAGUAACGUCUGGUUAACGCGCAUUCCUGAAUGGCUUUACGAUGCCGUGUCCAAGUGGGACGACCUGGCUGAAGGCAACGACAACGACCAGAUCCAGAUCGGCGAGGUCCUCGGUUUCAACACCACGUCAGGUAUCGACAAGAACAGGCCGAUGCGACUCUUCUUCAACGAUCGAUGGCGCGCCAAGUCAAAGUUGCCCACAGCUUUCGAGCUGCAGCCUACACAAACUUCGGACACAGUGCUUGGGAACACAUACGUCUUCACCGAGAAGGACCUCCCGGGCUACAAGCCUAACGGAUUUGGUCAGGGCCACCGAGGCGGACCAGGAAGCUACGGCACACAAGACCCCAAGGCGCGCAUACAGAAGCGCGGAAAGUACAGGAAGGCGAUUCCAAAGCAGACCGCUCUCAUCGGUCAUGCAACUCGCCAGUACCAGGCAAACCCAUUGCCCACGAAAGAGUACAAGGACUUCGAGCAGCAGCGCAUCAAGCAGGCCGUUCAAGGUUCGCACAUGGAGACGGUCAUCAUCAAGGAUCCUGGCGUUGCCAACUACAACAAUGUCCAGAGCAAGUUCACAUCGUUCAUCAAACCCACGACAAGGACAAAGCCACAGCAGAACAAGGCCGCGCGUAUCUCUCACCGCGAGUUGUUGGAUCUGCUGCACAACCUGUUCGACGAGUACGAGUACUGGUCGAUGAAAGCGCUCAAGGCACGGACAAAGCAGCCAGAGCAAUUUCUCAAAGAGGUUCUGCCAGAGUUGGCGCAUCUUGUCAAGUCCGGUUCCUUUGCCAGCCAUUGGCAGCGACAGCAGCACUUCAACGUCGGCAGGACUCUCAGCAACCAACAGUCAGCGUUGGCACCAGAUGUUGGAGGAGACGAUUCAGAGGACGAGGAAAUGGAAGAUGUGGUUUAGGAACCGCCACGAUUUCUGAGAACGUUUUUAUUGUUUUCGCUGCGCAACAAGUCUAAGUGAGGGUGCGGUUGUUACCAAAAAGCACUAUCGUCAGGCGUCUCUCACGUCUCUAUCGGGGCGGCGGCAUUGCAUGUAUGAUAACUAGACGGGGCGUUUGGAUCGCUCUUCAUAUACCCAUCAAUAACACCAAACAAUUAU